AUGACGAGGCUUGUCAACACUGGUGAAGGCCCGCUCGAGGUGCCUGGAUUCGGCUCCAUCCCCUUAGACUAUCAGCUUCCGCCAGAGGCGCGCUUUGCCCAUGGCCUCGUGGACUAUCGCCACUCCCCUCGCCUGACCAGACGGGAGAUGGCCAUGCUUCGCCUCAUGCAACGCAUUACGGAGCAGCCCGAAUGGGAUCGUGCGAUAUUGGACUCCGAUCAGGCCCUCCUCACGCACUGGCACCGAGAGGCCACGGAAGGACCCGAGGGCUUCCUCAUCAGUGCGGCCGCAUGGGAUUGGUGCCUGGCCGAACUGCGCGAUAAGGCCCGGGAGUGGCGGAAAACAGGCCGUCUUUUGAUCUUUGACAGCUCCUCGGUCGUGUGUCAAUCCGAUGUGUCAGUACCAGGGUCCAACCGACCGUCCCAGGAAAAAGAGCUAAAAGAAGGGUUCCAAGCCGAGGUAGCCCGAUUGCGCUCAUCGCCGCUGGUACUUCCAGAUUGCCCCCUGGUGGAUCCGUGCCUGUAUCCUCUCGUCUAUGGCCACUCCAGAGUCCUCGUUCAUGGCGGCCAUGUGGCUUUGAGCGAUCUAUGGAGCUCGGUGGGGAAUUCUGUCGGAGACAUGCCGGCUCCUCCUCCUCCUCCUCAUCCCCUAGAUGGUCUCCAACAUCCGAUUACUCCUUUUACGGUUUUACAUCGCAAGCCCGGGCUUGGUGGGCAGGAGAGCUGCUGGUCGAACCGCUUUCAAUGGCUUCCCUGUGAAGUACAGUUCAAGGAUACGGCGACAGCGCACACGGACACGGACCCCAUGGACAUCCGAAUCACUUCCUACGUCAAUAACCUACACCCAGUCGAGCACCGUCAGCUGUAUGGACACCUUGAACACCUGAUCGCGCGUUCCAUCCCUUCGUGGAAUGAGGUCUUAUUUUACGGUAAUACCCGUGGCCGCCAUCCGCCACGCAUCCUGACCUAUGGAUGCAGAAUCCAUAAACCUCGCGAGGAGCACCCAUUAUUCGACCGAAUGGAAUCGUAUCCCCGCUGGCAGAUGCAAUGCAAGAUGUACGAGGAGUGGCAAGAGCUUUGUAGCGCGGUCCGGGAGUACGUGCAAGGGCCCGAGCCACCGAAAUGGAAGCAGGCGGAUCCCCUACCCGACGCGCCGGACAAUUUGCUGGAUCUGCUCACUCCGGGACAGUGGGACAUCCCUAAGCAGGUGCGCAUACUUGCGAGACUCAAGCGCACCCGCCAAGCCUGGUUUGAUCACCCCGAGCCCGGGCAUUCCUUUUCGUAUGAGCAAUGGAAGCGAGGCCGAUUUACGGGGCGAGCAAUCCACUCGCAGCGAAUCAGCAGAUUUCCCGAUCCCCUGCACCAUGAUUACACCCCGGUGAAGUUGGAGAAGCAAUUUCGAGUCGAAGGCCUCCAGGUCGUGGUGGAGAUCGCCCGCAUCGACUUGACGCCGGAGAAUCCAACGUACUCCGGGGAGAGCCACUUCCACACCGAGGGACUGCGCAACGAACGGAUUGUUGCCACCAGCGUUUAUGCCGUGGAGGCCAAGAAUGUCACCCAGGCUCGCGUGGCGUUUCAGCACGAAGACAAAGUCCAUGCCAGUGAGCUCCAGUGCGAGGUGCCCCAGGCGCUCGCAACGGUUCUCGAUGUGGACUACUGGAAGCCCUACACCGAGAGGAGACCCCCCCGAGCCCUGCAUACCUUCGGCACGACGCCGCUCAGAGAGGGCCAACUGCUGACCUGGCCCAAUACCUAUCGCACCAAGCAAGAGCCAUUUCGCCUGGUGGACCCCAGUCAGCCGGGGAAUUUGACCCUGGUCAAGCUUCGUCUCGUCGACCCACAUUACCGCAUUUGCUCAACCCGGAAUGUGCCUCCGCAACAGCAUGACUGGUGGGCCACGGCCGCGAGACAGGCAGCCAAUCUAGAUAAGCGCUUACCUCCAGAGCUAGUGUGUUCUGUCAUGGAACACAUUGAGCAUUGGCCGAUAUCUGCGGCCGAGGCAGAAAUCUGGCGUGGAGAAUUUCUCGGCGACCACAAGCGCGCGCAAAAGGCCAUUGAUGCGUGCGUGGGGCACCAUAUUAUCACGCUUCUCCCUUACGAUGAAAAGACGGCACGACGGGCGAGGGAUGGAACAGCUGGUGCUGGAUAUGAAUCCCCGUAAGAUCUUGUCCCGACGCCGGACCGUUCGCAGGGCGUCCGUGAAAAACAGGCUCUAGAUCUAUCUUGCUAUAUUCCGG